AUGGCAGUUAGUACGUUGUCUCGAGGUGUAUAUCUAACUGUACUACUGUGAUUUUGUCUGCUGUGUACGUGCAUCGUUAACGUUAACCCGUGUUAAUCCUGUAAACCGGAGUCAAAGUAGACGGAUAUAUUGGAGGUUGUAAGUGAAAGAUUUUAUCAUUUGCAACAGAGUUUGCAUCGUAUUUGUUCUUAUCGACCGUUCUGAACAAUUUUCCGCAAAAUAUUAAACAUUAUCCUUUCCGAUCCAGGUUCAACAGACGAAAGGAAGAUAUUGUUUGUUUAUACGUCGAACGGCAAAGUUGGCAGGAACGUUCCAGUCGGCAGAAUUGACACGGACGUCUCACUUUUCCAAAAUCCAAGGAUAGAGGUGGUGAGUUUGCGCCGAAAACAGCUCAAGAUGUUUGCGCCGAAAACGCAAACGUCGAACAGUACGUUUUACACUGAAUUGGAAUCUGACGAAGCAGCGGAUGGAAAGGGUGAGCCGAACGAGUCGAAGGAAUGCGACGUGGGUAAAGAAUCCGACGACAGACCUGAAAUGACAGAGCCACGAGAUCGUCGCAGACGGGAAGAGGCAGAAUACGACGGACGUUCUUUCCAUAAAAUCGCUUCUUUCGGAAGUUUUUCACGAUUUCGUUCCUUUGUAAUGUCGGCUGGAAGUUCAGCGGAACAACAACGUAUCGUCGUCGAAGAAGAAGAAGAAGAAGAAGAAGACGAAGACGAAGAAGAAGAAGAAGAAGAAAGCGAAGAGAAUUCAAAUUCGAAUUCGACGCAAGGUGUGCCACCAUUGGUGCGGGUGUCGCGUGGCAUGUUGGAAUACAGGAAUAGU